AUGUGCCAACCCUGCCGUCACUAUCUGACUCCCCAACAACGCCAGACUUUCCGGCACUCUUCAAUAUGCCGUCAGGCCAAGAAUGGUUGUAUGAUCCAUGCCUCGGUUGCGGCACCCAGACAGAGGGAGAAACUUACUGCUCUGAUUCCUGUCGGUUAUCAGAAUGCGAGAAGGCCGCUCUCCGCGUGCCAACUCCAUGACAGAGAAAUUCGGAGUCGAGAAGCAGGACGUAUUCACGCGAGGAACAACUUUCCUACGACAGCCCUGUGGCUUCGUCGACUUGGCUCUGAUCUUCACUUGAAGGACAUUGGCCGGAAAAAAGACUUCUUGAGGGACUUGAUUGGUCUGGAAUACGAAGUGGAUCCGAACAAUCCGGACGAGUCGGACGAUGGUCAACUUGGGUUCAUACAUAUCACAUUCGAUCGGAUGGUCAACUACGCCAAAGCCGUCAUUACACUCGAUAUUAUUUCUUGGAAUGCUCUAUUUGAAGUUAACCGCAAAGAGUUUGACAAGGACAGGGGUAUGCUAGGUAGGAGGUAG